ACACACACACACACACACAGAGUCAGGUAUCUCCUCUCCGCGUGCGCGUGUUUCUCUGUGAUGCUCGCGGGCGUCGGACGCGCGGAUGAUCGCGGCUGAUUGUCAGUGUGUGGAAUAAGACGCUCUUCAUCCUCAUCUUCAUCUUCAUCCUCCUCAUCGCGGCUGUUUCUGGCUGGAGUGACAGAAAGACAUAAAACCUUCCUCCGGAUCCUCAGCGCUCCUCUGAAGGCUUUUGGUCAGUGCUUUGUGAUUCUUCAGCGUUCGGAAUGUGACCAAGAGUUUUCAGAAAGGUGAGAUUCUGAGGAGUUUUAUUCUUUCAUUCCUCUGGCCGGAGACAGCUCAGAUGACGAGGGUUUCAUGAACGGUGCGGUCUGGCUCGCAGUGUGUUGUGAGGAUCCAGAUGGAACCUGUGUGAACCUGCGGGUGGCAGCGAGUGUCUCUGGAGGGAAAAUGUUCCACUGAUUUUUGUUCCUGCAACCUCAAAGUUGUGAGAGCGUUGCAGGAGCGUUGUGAGCUGGCACACUCCGCGGGUGAGUCGUAACAUCAUGCCUGUGCCAAGCGUCUGUGUAGCGUUACCCUCCAUCCGACACUGUCUCCUGCUGCUCACCGCCUCGGUCCUGCUCUCCAGCGCCGAGUCGCCACCAAAGUUCUUACGAACCCCUAACGAUCAGACGGGCGUUCAGGGCGGCGUCGCCUCCUUCAUCUGCCAGGCUACAGGCGACCCGCAGCCCAAGAUCGUGUGGAACAAGAAGGGGAAGAGAGUGAGCAACCAGCGUUUUGAGGUCAUAGAGUUCGAUGACGGAUCGGGCUCCGUUCUGAGAAUCCAGCCGCUGCGGACUCCGCGCGAUGAAGCCAUUUACGAAUGUGUCGCCUCCAACAGUGUUGGGGAGACGAGCGCCACCACACGACUCACUGUUUUACGUGAGGAUCAGCUGCCCCCAGGUUUCCCCACCAUAGAUAUGGGCCCCCAGCUCAAGGUGGUGGAGCGCACCCGUACUGCCACCAUGCUCUGUGCUGCUAGCGGUAACCCCGACCCAGACAUUUCCUGGUUCAAAGACUUCCUCCCGGUCAACACCAGUAACAACAACGGCCGCAUCAAACAGCUCCGAUCAGAGUCCUUUGGUGGUACGCCAAUAAGAGGAGCGCUGCAAAUCGAACAAAGCGAGGAAUCGGACCAAGGGAAGUACGAAUGUGUCGCGACCAACAACGAUGGCACACGCUAUUCCGCACCUGCCAACCUGUAUGUCAGAGAGCUGCGAGAAGUGAGACGGGUUCCACCCCGGUUCUCCAUUCCCCCGACGGACAAUGAGAUCAUGCCCGGUGGCAGCGUUAACAUCACCUGUGUGGCCGUCGGGUCACCGAUGCCCUACGUUAAAUGGAUGUUGGGGUCGGAGGAUUUGACCCCUGAAGAUGACAUGCCCAUUGGGCGAAACGUGCUGGAACUCACUGACGUCCGGCAGUCGGCCAACUACACAUGUGUCGCCAUGUCAACGCUGGGCGUUAUAGAGGCGGUCGCACAGAUUACGGUCAAAGCUUUACCGAAGCCACCAGGUGUUCUCCAGGUAACAGAACGCACAGCAACAAGCAUUACGCUCACAUGGGAUUCUGGGAAUCCCGAACCUGUUUCUUACUACAUCAUCCAGCACAAGCCCAAAAACUCUGAGGACUCUUUUAAAGAGAUCGAUGGAGUUGCCACCACUCGAUACAGCGUGGGUGGGCUAAGCCCUUACUCCGACUACCAAUUCAGAGUAGUCGCAGUGAAUAACAUUGGACGCGGGCCUCCCAGCGAAGCCAUUGAGUCCAAAACAGCGGAGCAAGCGCCGAGUACCGCCCCACGGCAAGUCCGAGGGCGCAUGCUAAGUGCAACGACCGCCAUCAUCCACUGGGAUGAACCCGAGGAGGCAAAUGGGCAGAUAACAGGCUACAGAGUUUACUACACCACCGAUCCCAGCCAGCAUGUCAACCAAUGGGAGAAACAGAUUGUAAGGACUUCCAACUUCCUCACCAUUCCCGGCCUGACGCCCAAUAAGACUUACUACAUCAAGGUCCUGGCCUUCACCUCUGUAGGAGAUGGACCGCUCUCUUCUGAUUUGCAGAUCAUAGCCAAAACUGGAGUGCCCUCUCAACCAACGGACUUCAAAGGCGAAGCCAAAUCUGAGACGAGCAUCUUGCUGUCGUGGAACCCCCCGACUCAGACGGGCCAGGACAAUCAAAUCAUCGGAUAUGAGCUGCUCUAUAAGAAAGGAGAUGACAAAGAGGAGAAACGAGUAAGCUUUGAGCCCACCACAACCUAUUUACUGAAAGAUCUGAAGCCAUUCACUACCUACACGUUUCAGCUGGCCGCUCGCAGCAAACACGGCAUUGGCGCAUACACCAACGAGAUCUCAGCCGAAACGCCUCAGACACAGCCCUCAGCUCCACCCCAGGAAGUCAAGUGUACUAGUCCCAGUUCUACCAGCAUUCUGGUAAGUUGGAAACCGCCGCCAGUGGAGCUCCAAAAUGGAAUCAUGACCAGAUACACCAUCCAGUACGCGGCGACCGAAGGCGACGAUACCUCGUUGCAUCAAGUCUCGGACAUACCGCCAGAAAAGUACCAUUAUCUGUUGGAAAACUUGGAGAAAUGGACGGAAUACCGUGUGACAGUGAGCGCCCACACUGAAGCAGGAGAAGGCCCUGAGAGUUUACCUCAGCUAAUCCGUACGGAGGAGGAUGUGCCCAGUGGCCCUCCUCGUAAAGUCGAGGUGGAGGCUGUCAACUCCACGUCUGUUAAAGUGCUGUGGCGGUCGCCGGUGCCGAGCAGGCAGCACGGCCAGAUCCGUGGGUACCAGGUGCACUAUGUCAGGAUGGUUAAUGGAGAACCCGGUGGUCACCCUGUCAUCAAGGACAUCCUGAUCGAUGACGCUCAGUGGGAAUACGAUGAUUCAGCCGAACAUGAGUUAGUCCUCACUGACCUGCAUGCCGAGACCAUGUACUCGGUUACGGUCGCCGCUUACACGACCAAAGGCGACGGGGCACGCAGCAAACCCAAGCUGGUCACCACCACCGGAGCUGUUCCGGAAAAGCCUCGUCUCAUGGUGAGUCCGACGAACAUGGGCACGGCAUUACUGCAGUGGCACCCGCCGACAAACACCUACGGCCUGCUGCAAGGCUACCGGCUGCGGUUCGGCCGCAAGGACGUGGAGCCCCUGACCGUUAUCGAGUUCUCCGAGCGCGAGAACCACUACACCACCAAAGAGAUCCACAAGGGGGCAUCCUACACCUUCCGCCUCUCGGCCCGCAACCGGGUGGGAUUCGGAGAGGAGACGGUGAAGGAGAUCACCUCUCCCGAGGACACUCCUGCCGGUUACCCACAAGGCAUCGUAGCCCAAAGUAGCACGACCACCACCAUUCAGGUCAGCUGGCAGCCUGUGGCGUUAGCCGAGCGCAACGGAGCCGUCAUCAAAUACGCCCUUCAGUACAAAGACAUCAACAGCCCUCGCAGCCCCUCAGAACUGUUCAUCACAGCACCCGAGUCCACCGUCACGCUGGACGGCCUUAAAGCAGACACCACUUACGAUAUUAAAAUGUGUGCCUUCACCAGUAAGGGCCCCGGCCCUUAUAGUCCUAGCGUCCAGUUCAGAACGCAACCCAUCAACCAAGCAGUGUUUGCAAAAAAUUUUCACGUGAGAGCUGCCAUGAAGACCUCAGUGCUGCUGACGUGGGAGAUUCCCGAGAACUACAACCCCGCACAGCCAUUUACGAUCCUGUAUGAUAACGGCCAGAGUGUGGAGGUGGAUGGGAAGCUGACGCAGAAGCUCAUCACCAACCUUCAGCCGGAGACGCAGUACUCCUUCCUGCUCACCAACCGUGGGAACAGCGCCGGAGGACUGCAGCACCGUGUCUCCACCAUGACAGCACCUGACAUACUGCGCACCAAACCCUACCUGAUCGGCAAGACCAGUUCAGACGGCAUGGUCACGGUCGAGCUGCCGGCUGUUCAGACGGCUGAGAAAGUGAAGGGUUACUACAUCGUGGUGGUGCCGCUGAAGAAACAGCGGCCCGGAAAGUUCAUCAAACCCUGGGACAGUCCGGAUGAGAUGAAUCUGGAAGAGCUGUUGCGAGAAAUCAACCAAACGAGUCGCGCUAUUCGCUUCCGUCGGCAGAUGGAGCCCAAGCCAUACAUAGCGGCAUAUUUCCACGAGCUGCCGAACGAAUUUACGCUAGGAGAUGCCAAGAUGUACGGAGACUUUGAGAACAAGCAGCUGCUGAACGGACAGGAGUACGUCUUCUUUGUGCUGGCGGUGCUGGAGAUCUCCGACAACAUGUUGUACGCGGCAAGUCCGUACUCUGAUCCGGUGAUGUUUGCCGAUAUCGACCCGCAGCCCAUAAUCGAUGAAGAGGAGGGUCUGAUCUGGGUUGUGGGGCCUGUGCUGGCCUUAGAAUCAGGCACGGUCGAUGUGAAAAGGGCAGAGUCAGAGGCCAGGAAAGGCAGUCUGCCCAGCGGUAAAGAAAUGCCCUCCCAUCACGCCACCGACCCUGUAGAGUUACGCCGUCUGAACUUCCAGACUCCCGGUUCAGCCACAUCGGUUUACCCCAGUAACCUCCAUUUGUCAAGGAUGGCCAGUCACCCUCCCAUCCCAGUCAUGGAGCUGGCCGAUCACAUCGAACGCCUGAAAGCAAACGACAACUUGAAGUUUUCGCAGGAGUAUGAGUCGGUCGAUCCCGGUCAGCAGUUCACGUGGGAGCACUCCAACCUGGAGGUCAACAAACCAAAGAACAGAUACGCAAACGUCAUCGCCUACGAUCACUCCAGAGUCCUGCUCUCCGCCAUCGAUGGUAUUCCAGGCAGCGAUUACAUCAACGCAAACUACAUCGAUGGCUACCGGAAGCAGAAUGCUUACAUCGCCACUCAAGGCGCGCUGCCCGAGACCUUCGGCGAUUUCUGGCGGAUGAUCUGGGAGCAGCGGAGCUCAAACAUCGUCAUGAUGACCAAACUGGAGGAAAGAUCCAGGGUGAAGUGUGACCAGUACUGGCCCAACAGAGCGACGGAGACGUACGGACUCAUUCAGGUCACGCUGCUGGACACGGUGGAGCUGGCCACGUACUGUGUCCGGACGUUUGCACUUUACAAGAACGGCUCCAGCGAGAAGCGAGAGGUGCGGCAGUUCCAGUUCACGGCGUGGCCGGAUCACGGCGUUCCGGAGCAUCCCACGCCGUUCCUGGCCUUCCUGCGCAGAGUCAAGUCCUGCAACCCACCGGACGCCGGACCCAUGGUGGUGCACUGCAGUGCCGGCGUGGGUCGGACCGGCUGCUUCAUCGUCAUCGACGCCAUGCUGGAGCGAAUCAAACAGCGCUCUUUACUCGGCCGCAGAGACAGUGUGGGGCCUGUGCGGUUAGCGAACACAAAAGCUCACACCUCACGGUUCAUCAGUGCCAAUUUGCCCUGCAACAAAUUCAAGAACAGACUGGUUAACAUCAUGCCCUACGAGUCCACGCGCGUCUGUCUGCAGCCAAUCAGAGGAGUCGAGGGCUCCGACUACAUCAACGCCAGCUUCAUCGACGGAUACAGGCAACAGAAGGCUUACAUCGCCACGCAGGGUCCUUUAGCUGAAACCACAGAAGACUUCUGGAGGAUGCUGUGGUAACACAACUCCACCAUCGUCGUGAUGCUGACCAAACUCAGAGAGAUGGGCAGAGAAAAGUGCCAUCAGUACUGGCCAGCAGAGCGUUCAGCCAGAUAUCAGUACUUUGUGGUGGAUCCAAUGGCUGAAUACAACAUGCCGCAGUACAUCCUGCGAGAGUUUAAAGUGACAGACGCACGGGACGGACAGUCAAGGACCGUCAGGCAGUUCCAGUUCACAGACUGGCCAGAACAAGGCGUGCCAAAAUCAGGAGAAGGCUUCAUCGACUUCAUCGGCCAAGUGCAUAAAACAAAAGAGCAGUUUGGUCAGGACGGACCCAUAUCGGUCCACUGUAGUGCUGGCGUGGGCAGGACGGGCAUCUUCAUCACGCUCAGCAUCGUUCUGGAGCGCAUGCGCUAUGAAGGAGUGGUGGACAUCUUCCAGACGGUCAAGAUGUUGAGAACACAGCGGCCGGCGAUGGUCCAGACUGAAGAUCAGUACCAGUUUUGUUACAGAGCUGGGUUGGAGUAUCUCGGGAGCUUCGACCACUAUGCAACAUAAGAUCUUCGUCCCGCUGUCAGGGAGACGGAUCGGCCAUCGGACAUCCAGCGGUCAUUUAAUUCUUCUGAGCCAUAAAUACCUGCUUGUGAAAAGAACUUAAACUCUUCGAUUACAUGUUGGAUGUGCAACGUAAACCUAGAAAUACUUACAAACGACAAUAAAAAGACAAAUAUCCAGGUGGACCAAGAAAAAUCACCCCGAUCUGAUUUCAAAAAGUAAAUAAUGAAUGAAUAAAUAGUAAUAAUGAUAAUAAUAAUAAUUUCAGACAGGUGAAUCUAGACUGUGAAGUGCGGAAUAAUCGCUGCUUCGAGGAUUCAUGAAUCAUCAUGAAUCACAGGAGUCAACGAACACAGACGCUGUGAGACGGGGAGUUCGAGACACAGUGUAAAGAGAAUUUGUUUUGUUCCACAAUCAAUACGAGGAGAUACGUCACUGAUGAAGAGAGGAGACUUCAUCACGACCACCACCAUCAUCAUCAUCACCAUCGCCAUCAUCGAAGAAGACUAAACGACCAGAGCUGAAGUAAUAACUACGACACGCAAUCAACCACACCGAUAACGCAUACCAGCUUUUGUUUCACAUUUCGUGAUGUUUUCCUCUCUUUUAUGACAGAAAUCAGCCUAGACUGACCGUUUUUUCUCAUGUCUUUGUAUGGGUUAGGGUUAGGGUAUGUUCAUGUAUGUCCUGACGUUCACACCGAUGUGCCCUCCUUCAUUCAUCGUUUUGCUGAUGGUUUGUGGCGUUUUGUUUGAAACACACACGCUGAAUCAUGGGGUGGGCAGAGUAUAAAGGUUAGAAGAUAUCUCAGUUCUUCUAUAAGCAGAGAGAGAGAGAGAGAGAUAUUAAUAAAUUCUUUAUUUAUAUAACCUCGAAAUGUAUAUUCACAAAAUAUAGAUAUAUAGAUGAUAUAAUAUAUGGGAAUGAUGGUGGGUUUUCCGCUGGAAUGCACAUCAGCAGGACGGACGAUCUUUUCUUGUGCAAUAACUAGACGUUUUACGGCCGGAGGGUUUGAUUUGCGUCGGUUUAACGAGGACGGGGCGAUCGUCGUCAUGUUCACGAGCUCAUGGGUCAAAGGUCAUCGUCGUGCAUCUGUUAGGCCACAGGUACGAAGAUGUCCACGUGUUCAUUCUUUUGCAUUUAGAGUGCCUUAUAUUUAUGCCUGUUCUUUUCUACGAUAUUCAUUUAACGACGUGUAUAGUUUAAGUAGUUCAUGUACGAGUAUUUAUCGAUUGAUUUCCCACGCGUACGGAUUUAUAUUCUAUGAAAUUAUAUAUGCAAAUACGUAAUUCCAUCAUUACUGUUUAAUUUUCUGUGGCCUUAAUUUGUCUCAGAUAAAAAAAAAAAAACGACAAGGGUACGAAAAAGAAAGUGUUUGAUAACCGUCAGGCCCGAUACUGUUAAGUCAUUUCUUUUAUAGUUAAUCGUUAGAGUUCCCAAAUGGCUCCGAGACGAAUUAAUUACGUCUUUUAAAGACCAAGCUUUAGCGUCAAAUUCCCUGUUGUUUUCAGUCAUCGGUGGCGGAAAAUGGUGUCAAAUAAACGCCAAAAUAAACGAAAGACCCUGAAAAUCCUGCAAAGCUCUUGGCGAUUAGCUACUAAGUAUUUUCUCGUGCGAAUUUCGCAGCUAGAAUAUUACGAUUCAACACUUGAACCUCACUGGCUUUGUGGAUGUGCAUUCCAGAUGCUUUUUUCCCCUUUCUUGUUUCAAAUAGAGAAAACGUUUUAUUGUUUUGACUCUUUCUGUUGUAGAUUUCGGAUGUUUUCAUCAUCAUAUGUCGAGCAACAGGCAGCCGUUGCGUAACUGUCAGCGCCACCUAGUGUUCAGCGCUUCAAUGUGCUCCACGUCGGCUUUUCUUUCCCUGUUCUGGAUCUUAUUUGAUAUGCAUGAGUUCAACUGCAGUGGGGGCGAGUAGGAAGAAUUGCACUUUGUAUCUCUUUAUCUCUAUGCACUGCCCUACUGAUUCCGCACCCAUUACGGAUUUUACUUGAACCCGACUGUACGAAUCUCCUUCAGACUUCACUUGGUGUGUAUGUAAAUAACACAGAAAAGAGACUACCCAAGUAAUAAGAGAGAGAGAAAAAAAUAAGAGAAAG